AUGGUCGUGCCGCUGGUGAUCUCCCCGCGCUCGGGGCGGGCCAGGAGGGCGAGGCUCCGGGGGCGGGGAGAACGCCCUUUCGGCGGGCGCUGGGCCAGGUUCAGGAGCUCCUCUCCCGCCACUCGUCUCCCCUCGGCCUGCGGCCCGACCUCGGGUCCCGGCCCCGGGUCCCUGGGCCUCCACGAGGCUCCGUGCUCCCCGCGCGUGUGGCGGCGGCGGCUCCGGGGUUCCUGGGUCGGACUGGGCUGCGGAGCGUCUACACGCACCCCAUCCCCCUCCGGAGCGCUGAGGCUGGCGGCGGCGCUGACUGCUGAGGACCCGCGUCCGGUAUCUCUGAUCCCUUGUCCCCUUUGUGACUGCAUCCCUGGCCUCGGAGCACUCCAGCCCCGCCCCAUCGGCCCCACCCACGCCGAGGUCUCUAGCUCCAAGGGCUUGCUCGCGGGCGUCCCGGGCUUGCUUAGGAGCUAUGACCUUGGGGCAAAUAGGGAUACGGUCCUUGAGGCGCUAGGGAGGGAGAAGCAUCACACUGAGACCUACGCGCCCCCUGCUGGAAGGCUGCGGAAUAAACCAAGAAGGAGGGAGAGGGUAUCUUCGACUCAAGUCCGAAGAAUGCAUUUCCUUGAAAGCUGUCAAGGUCUCUUGAAAUGUUCACCAAAUGUUUGUUUCAUCCUACCUUCUUUCUUCUCUUUCAAAAUACACUUUAGAGGAGAGACUUCCUAG